ACUGAUAUAAUUGCUUUUGUCAACAGAUGCAGAUCUUUGUGAAAACCCUCACAGGCAAGACUAUCACCCUCGAGGUGGAAAGCUCUGAUACAAUUGACAAUGUCAAGGCAAAAAUCCAAGAUAAGGAGGGCAUUCCCCCAGAUCAGCAGAGGCUGAUCUUUGCUGGCAAGCAGCUUGAGGACGGCCGAACACUUGCUGAUUACAACAUUCAAAAAGAGUCCACUCUCCACCUGGUGCUUCGACUCCGCGGUGGCAUGCAAAUCUUUGUCAAGACUCUGACAGGGAAGACCAUCACCUUGGAGGUUGAGAGCUCUGAUACAAUUGAUAAUGUCAAGGCAAAGAUCCAGGACAAGGAAGGAAUUCCCCCAGAUCAGCAGAGGCUCAUCUUUGCUGGAAAACAGCUAGAGGAUGGCCGCACCCUUGCAGAUUACAAUAUUCAAAAGGAGUCUACUCUUCACCUGGUGCUUCGUCUUCGUGGUGGAAUGCAAAUCUUUGUGAAGACCCUUACCGGGAAGACAAUCACCUUGGAGGUGGAAAGCUCUGAUACAAUUGAUAAUGUCAAGGCAAAGAUCCAGGACAAAGAAGGUAUUCCCCCAGAUCAACAGAGGCUCAUCUUUGCUGGUAAACAGUUGGAGGAUGGAAGAACUCUUGCAGACUACAACAUUCAAAAGGAAUCGACAUUGCAUUUGGUUCUCCGUCUGCGUGGUGGAAUGCAAAUUUUUGUGAAGACUUUGACAGGGAAAACAAUUACUUUGGAGGUUGAAAGCUCAGACACAAUUGAUAAUGUCAAAGCGAAGAUUCAGGACAAAGAAGGAAUUCCCCCAGACCAGCAGAGGCUCAUCUUUGCAGGAAAGCAGCUUGAGGACGGUAGGACACUAGCUGAUUACAACAUUCAAAAGGAGUCAACUCUGCAUUUGGUGCUCCGGCUGCGUGGUGGGAUGCAGAUCUUUGUUAAGACCCUCACUGGAAAGACCAUAACCUUGGAGGUGGAGAGUUCUGAUACAAUUGAUAAUGUGAAGGCAAAGAUCCAGGACAAGGAGGGCAUUCCUCCAGACCAGCAGAGGCUUAUUUUUGCUGGUAAGCAGCUUGAAGAUGGUCGGACUCUAGCGGAUUACAACAUUCAGAAGGAGUCAACCCUUCACCUUGUCCUUCGCCUCCGUGGUGGUUUCUGAAUUUCUGAGUGAUCGUGGUGUGCCAUCCUGUAUGAGCAGUGUGCAGUGUGUUGCUUUAAUUCCAGUUUCAUUUGGUUAUGUGCUUUUUAUUCGAACUCUUUAGUUUGUUUGGUCAUGUGCCAUAAUAAUCGUACUCUUGAAUAUUGCCAUGGGAUGGCUCAUCUUAUGACUAUAUUCUAUGUUAGUUGUUUUAUAAAAUAAAAAGGCAAAGACAUUUUGUCCAUAUGUUUUCUCUUUGCAUUUGUAUAAUUUCUAUGGGUUUGCAUUGCUGUCUG